AUGGAUGAUGCUGCGGUCCUAAGGAAAAAGGGUUACAUCGUGGGUAUCAAUCUUGGCAAGGGCUCCUACGCAAAAGUCAAAUCAGCCUACUCUGAGCGCCUCAAGUUCAAUGUGGCGGUCAAGAUCAUUGACCGCAAGAAAACGCCCUCCGACUUUGUGGAGAGAUUCCUUCCUCGGGAGAUGGACAUCCUGGCGACUGUCAAUCAUCGCUCCAUCAUCAAGACCUACGAGAUCUUCGAGACCUCAGAUGGGCGAAUCUACAUUGUCAUGGAGCUUGGGGUCCAGGGCGACCUCCUCGAGUUCAUCAAGUGCCGGGGAGCCCUGCAUGAGGAUGUGGCACGCAAGAUGUUCCGCCAGCUCUCCUCCGCCGUCAAGUACUGCCACGACCUGGACGUCGUCCACCGAGACCUCAAGUGCGAGAACCUUCUCCUUGACAAGGACUUCAACAUCAAGCUGUCCGACUUCGGCUUCUCGAAGCGCUGCCUGAGAGACUGCAGCGGGCGCAUCAUCCUCAGCAAGACCUUCUGUGGGUCGGCGGCAUACGCGGCCCCCGAGGUCCUGCAGGGCAUCCCCUACCAGCCCAAGGUCUAUGACAUCUGGAGCCUGGGCGUGAUCCUCUACAUCAUGGUCUGUGGCUCCAUGCCCUACGACGACUCCGACAUCAAGAAGAUGCUGCGCAUCCAGAAGGAGCACCGCGUGGACUUCCCGCGCUCCAAGAACCUGACGGGUGAGUGCAAGGACCUCAUCUACCGCAUCCUGCAGCCAGACGUCAACCGGCGGCUGCACAUCGACGAGAUCCUCAGCCACUCGUGGCUGCAGCCCCCCAAGCCCAAAGCCAUGUCUUCCGCCUCCUUCAAGAAGGAUGGUGAGGGCAAGUAUCGGGCCGACUGCAAACUGGACACGCGACCAGGCUCAUGCCCCGAGCACCGGCCUGAGCACCGGCCCGACCACCGACCCGAUCACAAGCUGGGGGCCAAAACCCAGCACCGGCUGCAUGUGGUGCCCGAGAAUGAGGACAAAAUGGAGGACAGGCUGGCCGAGACCUCCAAAGCAAAAGAACAGCAUGUCUGCGGAGCCGGAGCCGAGGUGGGGAAGGCAGGUACCUAG